AUGGUGGCAGAAACAGCGCGUCUCCGCAUUAUUAUUGUCGGAGCUGGCCUUAGUGGCAUUGCUACCGCCAUCUCCGCUGCUCUAUCCGGCCACACGGUUGAAGUUAUUGAACAAGCUAAAGAACUCGCUGAGGUCGGCGCAGGAUUACAAAUCACACCCAAUGCAUCUCGUUUGCUGAAAUAUUGGCAAUUGCCGUCUUCUCUAUGGGAAGCCGCUGCGGAGCCUACAAAAUUGACGGUCCAUCGAUAUUCAGGCGAAGUCCUUGCACACGACGGAGCAUUUGAUAAGAGCAUUCGGGCUAAAUAUAACGCGCCAUUUGUGGAUUUACACCGGGUUGAUCUGCAGCAAGCACUCUUUGCCCGAGCAAAGGACUUGGGUGUAACUUUCCAUUUGGGUGAAAGGAUUGAGCGAAUUGACUUUGACUCCACGACUGUGUACUCUGUGGCUGGGAAACAAUUCGCUGGUGAUCUGAUUGUUGCCGCUGAUGGACUAUGGUCUAAAUGUCGGGAGGCAUUUGUUGGAAAGAAGGAUGAGCCUAUUCCAACUGGAGACUUGGCGUAUCGAAUUGUGUUGAAUGUAGACCAGAUUACCGAUCCGGAUCUCAAGUCAUUAGUUCAGAAUCCUGAAUGUCACUUUUGGAUCGGGCCCGGAGCUCAUUCUGUUGGCUAUUCUUUGCGCGGAGGACAGAUGUACAAUAUCGUUUUGCUUGUACCAGACAACCUUCCACCUGGUGUCUCAAAGCAGGCUGGAUCUGUGGACGAAAUGCGAGAGCUCUUUGUUGGCUGGGAUCCGAUCCUCAACAAAUUCUUGACUUACGUGGAGAAUGUCGACAAGUGGAAGUUGAUGCACCACGGAGAGAUGGAGAAGUGGGUCAAUGAUAAGUCUAACCUUGUCUUCAUCGGAGAUGCUUGCCACCCGAUGUUGCCAUAUCUGGCACAAGGCGCCAACUCCUCUCUAGAGGAUGGAGCCGUUCUUGGUCUCCUUCUAGGACACAUGACAAAGAAGACACAACUACCUGGCAUUCUGCGACUAUAUGAGAGCCUCCGCAAGUCCAGAGGAGAGGCUAUUGUGCGCGAAACUUUCAAACAGCGACAUGAUUUCCACAUGCAUGAUGGAGAAGAGCAGCAGAAGCGAGAUGAAAUCUUCCUUUCUCAGCUUGGCAAAGAGCUUAAGGGUGCUUUUCCCAGUCGAUGGACAUGUCCAGAGGUUCAGCCUUGGCUGUAUGGAUACGAUGCUAUCAAGGAAGUUGAGAAGGCGGUAGUGGAGAAUCCAGAUCUCUUUUACCAGACUUCCAAGGGCCGGCAGUCGUUUUGCACUAUAUUAUAG